GCGGAGAUGGUGCCAAAGUCUGCUGGCCGCACCACCGCCAGCCCAGACAGUGCCCACCUGUGCUGGCGGCGCCCAUCCUCUGCCUCCGGGACCCCUUCUGGGGCGCAGGUCCCUCCAGAAGUGAUGGCGUGGCCGUGGCUUUCCUGCCUCUUGCUUCCUGCCCUCAUAGUGUCUGUGGCAGCCAAUGUGGCCCCGACGUUCCUGUCCAACAUGUCGGCAGUGACCCUGCCUGAGGAUCUACCAGUGGGUGCUGAGGCUUUCUGGUUGGUAGCUCAGGACCAGGACCAGGAUGCUCUGACGUAUGGGAUUAGUGGCUUAUAUGCUUACUUCUUUAAUGUCAUCCGGAAUACUGGGGAAGUGAAGCUGGCCAACCUUCUGGACUACGAGACGCUCUACUGGUUCUCCAUCAACAUCUCUGUGAGCGACAAUCACAAUAACCCAGUGCAAAAGGAAAUGCAGGUGAUCGUGGAGGACAGAAAUGACAAUGCACCUGUUUUCCAGAACACAGACUUCUCCACCAGCAUCAACGAGACCCUGCCGGUUGGCUCCGUGGUGUUUUCUGUGCUGGCUGUGGACAAAGACACGGGGUCUGCUGGUGCUGUGGUGUACUCCAUAGAGAGGGUCAUCCCUAGCUCAGAUGGGAGUGAGUACCUCUUCAGCAUCCUGCCCAACGGCUCCAUCAUCCUCAAUGGCAGCCUCAGCUACAACAACAAGAGUGCAUUCUAUCAGCUGGAGCUGAAGGCCUGUGACUCGGGCGGCCUGUACAACAACAGCAUCAUCGUCCAGUGCUCCUCGCCUGUCUUUGUGUCCAUUUCUGUCAUUGACCAGCCAGACCUGGACCCCCAGUUUGUCAGGGAGUUUUACUCAGCCUCUGUGGCUGAGGAUGCACCCCAGGGAACCUCGGUGCUGAAGGUGGAGGCCAUGGAUAGUGACAGAGGCAUCAAUGACCUUGUGAUCUACAGCAUCUCCAACUCCACAAGGCCCGACUGGUUUAAGAUCACAUCAGACGGGGUGAUCGAGGUCAGCAGUACCCUGGACAGAGAGCAGCUGCUAGAGGAAGAUGAGGAGGUUCAGGUGCAGGUCACGGCCACCGAGAAGAACCUCAAUAUCUAUGGGCAGGAGGCCAAGGUGAGCAUAUGGGUCACACUGAGAGUGACAGACGUCAAUGACCACAAACCUGAGUUUUACAACUGCAGCCUCUCGACCUGCACCUUCACCCCCCAAGAGGCUCAAGUCAACUUCACUGGCUACGUGGACGAACACUCCUCCACCCGCAUCCCCAUUGAUGACCUCACCAUGGUGGUCUACGACCCAGACAAGGGUAGCAAUGGCACCUUCUGGCUGUCCCUGGAGGGCCCCGAUGCCGAAGCCUUCAGCGUCUCCCCGGAGCGGGCGGCGGGCUCAGUGGAAGUGCAGGUGCUGGUGAAAACACCAUCGCAGGUGGACUACGAGCAGCAGAUGGUGAUGUGGGUGCAGGUGGUGGCCACGGACUCGGUCAGCAAGAACUCCUCCAUCGCCAUGGUGACCAUCUACCUUAGAGAUAUUAAUGACCACAGGCCCACAUUCCCCCAGAGCCUGUACAACCUCAAUGUCUCCGAGCACAGUGAAGCUGGCUAUGUGGUCACCGACAGCAUCCACGCCUUUGAUCCGGACACGGGGGAGGGGGGCCGCAUCACCUACAGCCUGCUUCCAGGGAAUGGGGAUGACGUCUUUGCAGUGGAUCCAGACUCAGGGACCGUGACGGUGAGGAACGGUACGCUGCUGGACCGGGAGAAGCAGGCUGUGUACUACCUCACCCUGCAGGCCACAGACGGUGGGAACCAGUCGUCCUCCACCACGCUGCACAUCAUUCUGCUGGACAUCAAUGACAAUAAGCCUGUGGUCACCGGCUCCUACAAUAUCUUUGUCCAGGAGGAGGGGGGCAAUGUCUCUGUGGCCAUCCAGGCUCACGACGAUGACCAGCCAGACACCAACAACAGCCUUCUGCACUUCAGCCUGCUGCCCAGCUCCUACAGCCACAACUUCUCAGUGGACCCCGACAAAGGGAUCCUUACAAACCUGGGGCCCUUGGACCGAGAGGCCAUUGACCCCACCCUGGGUGGCCGCAUCGUGCUGACUGUGCGGGUGUCUGACUGUGGUGUGCCUGCCCUCUGGACUGACGUCAAUGUCACCAUCACUGUGGAGGACAUCAAUGACAAUUUGCCCAUCUUCAGCCACCCCAGCUACUCCUUCUCAGUGAAGGAGAGGGACCCAGGCGUGCUGAUAGGUGAGGUGGAGGCCUGGGAUGCAGACCAGACGGAAGCCAACAACCGCAUCAGCUUCAGCCUGUCAGGGACUGGUGCCAAUAACUUCAUACUCCGAGGCACGGUGCUGGGAUCCGGGGGUGCUAAGGGCUUCCUCUCGCUGCCCUCGGACACGAGCCUGGACUACGAGACGCAGCCCUUCUUCAGUCUGACAGUGAGUGCUGAGAACCCCGACCCCCAGGCGGGUGAGGCCACAGCGCAAGUCCUCGUGACCGUGGAGGACGUGAAUGACACACCACCCACCCUGGAUGCCACUUCGCUCCGGGGCAUCCGUGUGGCUGAGAAUGGCUCGCAGCACGGCAUAGUGGCUGAGGUGGUGGCCCAGGAUGUGGACACAAUGUCCCAGGUGGAGGUACAGCUUGUGAACGUCAUCUGUACCAAGGCCGGCAUCGAUGUGGGCAGUCUGUGCCACGGCUGGUUCUCUGUGCUGGACAACGGCUCUGUGCUCAUCAAUCAGAGCGAGGCCAUCGACUAUGAGACCUGUGACCUGGUCACACUGGUUGUGAGGGCCUGUGACAUCACAACGGACCCCCGCUUCCAAGCCUACAGUGACAAUGGAAGCCUCCCCAUCACCAUUGAGGAUGUGAAUGACAAUGCACCCUACUUUCUGCCCGAGGAUAAGACUUUUGUGAUCAUCCCAGAACUUGUGAUGCCCAACCAGCAGGUGGCUUCCGUCCGGGCCAGAGACGAUGACUCAGGGAACAAUGGGGCCAUCCUGUUCUCCAUCUUCCAAGUGGACUUCGUCGCUAAAGAUGGCACCGUGAUCCCUUUCCAGGGCUUCUUCCGGAUCUCCACUUCUGUGGAGGACAGCGUGUUCACUGGCAACAUUGAGCUGGUGACCAGUCUUGAUUCCACUCUCCAAGGCACUUACCAAGUGACGGUCAAGGCCCAGGACAGGCCUUCCGAGGGUCCUGCCCUGGAAGCCAAAAUCAUGCUGAAUCUCUUUACUGUGGACCAGAGUUACCGGGUGAGGCUGCAAUUUUCCAUUAGCAAGGAGGACGUGGGCGCCAACAUGGAGGAGAUUAAAGCAGCUCUUGCCCAGGCGACCAGGACUACUGUCUACAUUGUGAACAUUCAGGACAUAGACUCCGCAGCUCGGGCCCGAGGCCGUUCCUACCUCGAUGCUUACUUUGUCUUCUCAAAUGGCUCGGCCUUGACCCUUGACCAGCUGAGCAUGAUGAUCCGGAAUGACCAGGACUCCCUGACGCAGCUGCUGCAGCUGGGGCUGGUGGUGCUGGGCUCCCAGGAGAGCCAGGAGUCAGAGCUGCCCAACACUCUCCGUAACGUCGUCAUAGGAUUGGGAGUGGCUUUGGUGCUAGUCAUCGUGAUCAUGACCAUGAUCCUCGUGUGUGUCCAGAAGAGCUACCGCCGGAAGCUUCGGGCUAUGAAGGCUGCCAAGGAGGCCCAGAAGACAGCAGUAGGGGUGAUGCCCCCAGUCUCUGCCAUCCCCGGGACUAACGUGUACAACACAGAGCGGGCCAAUCCCAUGCUGAACCUCCCCACCAAGGACCUGGGCUUUGAGUCCCAAUCCUCCUCCAGUGACUUGGACCACAUCAGCCUCAACUCCCUGGAUGACAACUCUGUGGAUCUGGCAAAUAGCAAGCAGGAAAUCAAGAAGGAAGCUCUGUGCAGUCUGAAGGAGCAGGAUCCUGAGCCUCUGAGCAGAGUGCUGUCGGCAAGGAAGGUGGGCCCGCGUGAACAGAAGGAGGGGCUGGCCUUUGACAACAAGGGCCUGAAUACCACAGACCUGUGAUGGAGAUCCUGCCCCAGGACCCUGGUCACUGAGCCCCACACCUGGCUCCCACUCUCCUGGUCGACCUCGGAAGAGGCCCCAUCACCCCUAAAUUAUACCUACCCUUUCCUGAUUGUAAUAAGAGCUGGUGGUGCCCCACCCCUGUCUGCUUAUAGCCAAUCACAGCUGACAAGUGUU